CUUCCUGGCUCAGACAGCUGAGGCUGGGGCCACCCCUGGGCCAUGUUCUCCCUGCUGUCCCUCCCCUCCUGGCUCCUGGGCCUCCCCUCCCUCGAGUGGGGCUCCAGCCUCACUGACUCCCUCCUGCAAGGCCUCAUAGGGGCCUGCGGAGUCUCCGUCCUGAACAACCUCCUGAAGGUCUACUUCUUCGUGGGCUGCGCCAACAACCCAGAGCACCAGCCCCAGAAGGAGCGGCUGUGGGCACAGUGGGCCUCGCUGGACUCCGUGCACCUGGCAGGGCUGGCCCUGAUCCUGACUGUCGUGGGGGCCCGCGUGGCCGCCCUGGUGGUGCUGGAGUUCUCCCUCAGGGCUGUCUCCAUGCUGCUCUCCCUGGACAAGGGUCCCCGGGGCACAGAGAGGCUGCAGCUGUACCUGCUGGGCCAGUACUCACUGGGCUGUGGGCUGACCUGCGGCCUGAGCUUCCUGCAGGAGGGCGCCCCUCACUGCACACUCAACCUGCUGCUGGGCCUCUGGCUGGCCACACUGCUCUGCCAGGGUGCCCGGCGCCUCCGCCACCACGUCUACCACCUCUAUGAGCUGCACAGCAGCCAGCAGUAUUGUGGGGUCUGCCUGGGCCUGCUGGCUGGCGCUCACGGCCUCCCCCGGAUGCUUGGCCGUGCCCUGGCUGUGGCAUUUGCUGUGGGUGACCUGGCGGCUGUGGCCCUCAUCAACCGGGACUUCCUGACCACCUCAGAGGCUGUGCGCUUCUGGACACCGCUCACCAUCUGCUACACCCUGCUGGUCAUCUACAUGCAGGAGGAGCAGCGUCAGCACCCGGGCCUGCAGGGCCAGGUCCAGACGGUGCUGGUGCGCAUGGGCAGCCUCUUCGUGCUGCUGCUAACCGUGGGCCGCUGGCUGGACCUCCUGGGUGUUCUCAUCUCCCUGCUGGGCGAGCUCUGGUGCCUGGUGGGCACCCGCACCCUGCUCGACCUUUGCCAGAUACAGGAUUUUCCAUCCCAGAGGCCUUCAGAGUCAGCUAGCUCACCCCAGCCCUCUGCACCUACCCAGCCCCAGGGCAUGGCCCCCUCCUGACCUGCCACGCAAGGACUCUGCAUCUAGGAUCCAGCCAGGCUCCGCCAGCGGCCUUGCCCCCAGGAUGCUGCCUGGAGGCAGGGUGGCAGGGCUGGCCUCCACCUGGAGCUUGGGGUGGGCACUGGGGGCCCCUGGGAGAGGGGAGGGUUUGGGGCUGAGUCUCUCAGAAGGCGGGGGCGCCUGGAGGCCUCUGAGUUAACCCUGUCUUUCUCGGGAUGGGUCCUGGAUAUAGGCCCCUCGGACCUGCCUUCCCAGGGGCUUGAGGGGAAGGGAGACUACAUCCUCAGAGAUGCCUCCCCCUUCCUCAGGCCCCUUGCCCUCUCCAUGGACAAUAAAGAUGAUU